AACUCUUUCACAUUCAUUCUCUUCUUUGUCCUUCAAUACUUCCAUUUCCAACAACCCCAUUUCUUUUUUUCUUCUUCUUUCUUUGAAUCUUUUCUCCCAUCUGUUUUCGUUUCUCUUUGAAUCUUCACAUAGGUUUUCUUUCUAAUACAUAUUUCAAAGGAUUCGUUGCAAAAAACAAACCUUUUAUCUGUCAAGAUAGCAAAGUCUCAUGCGUUGAGAUUAAGAACAAAGGAAGAAGAGAAGUCAAGGGUAAGUUUUUUUUUUGGUUUGGUUGAGAAGGAGAAAGAAGGCUUUUUUUGUUUGGUUGGAUAGAGAGAUGGAACAAAAGCGGAUAUUGUUGUCAGCUUUAAGUGUUGGGGUUGGUGUUGGGGUAGGUCUUGGAUUGGCUUCAGGGCAAACUGUGAGCAAAUGGGCUGGCAAAAGUUCUGCAGAAGAUGGUAUUACAGGGGAGCAGAUUGAGCAGGAACUUAUGAGACAGGUUGUGGAUGGAAAGCUUAGCACGGUCACCUUUGACGACUUCCCUUAUUACCUUAGUGAGAGAACUCGGGUGUUAUUGACAAGUGCUGCUUAUGUCCAAUUAAAACACAAUGAUGUUUCUAAGCACACACGGAAUCUUUCCCCUGUCAGCAGAGCUAUUUUGCUCUCAGGACCUGCCGAACUUUACCAGCAAAUGCUUGCCAAGGCUUUGGCACAUGACUUUGAAUCAAAGCUACUGCUUUUGGACAUAACUGAUUUUUCUCUUAAGAUGCAGAGCAAAUAUGGUUGUACCAAGAAAGAACCUUCAUUCAAGAGGUCCAUCUCAGAAAUGACAUUAGAGCGAAUGAACAGCUUGUUUGGUUCCUUUUCACUCCUUUUGCCUAGAGAAGAAACAAGUGGCACGUUACGUCGACAGGGCAGUGGUAUUGAUAUUAAGUCCAGGGCUGUGGAAGGUUCAAGCAAUCUUCCAAAACUCCGUAGAAAUGCCUCAACUGCAUCUGAUAUGAGUAGCAUCUCUUCAAAUUGUACUCUCACAAAUCCAGCAUCCCACAAGCGCACUAGCAGUUGGUGUUUCGAUCAGAAACUUUUUCUACAGUCACUUUACAAGGUACUGGUUUCAGUAUCUGAAACUGGUUCCAUCAUCUUAUACCUGAGGGAUGUCGAGAAGCUCCUCCUCCGAUCACAACGCUUAUAUAAUCUGUUUCAAAAAUUGUUGAACAAACUUUCGGGUUCAGUGUUGAUACUUGGUUCCAGGAUGUUGGACCCAGAAGAUGACCGCAGGGAGGUGGAUCAGAGGCUCUCGGUAUUAUUCCCAUACAAUAUUGAGAUAAAACCACCAGAAGAUGAAACUCGUCUUGAUAGCUGGAAAGCCCAACUGGAAGAGGACAUGAAGGUGCUCCAAAUUCAAGAUAACAGAAACCACAUUGCUGAAGUACUUGCAGCAAAUGACCUUGAAUGUGAUGAUUUGGGUUCGAUCUGUCAAGCAGACACAAUGAUCCUAAGUAAUUACAUUGAAGAAAUUGUGGUAUCAGCAAUCUCUUAUCACUUGAUGAACAAUAAGGAUCCAGAAUACCGAAAUGGCAAGCUUGUUAUAUCAUCCAAGAGCUUGUCCCACGGACUAAAUAUAUUCCAGGAAGGAAAAAGUUGUGGGAAGGAUACCUUAAAAUUAGAGGCAAAUGCUGACUCUGCCAAGGAAAAUGAAGGUGAAGAGGCUGUGGGUGCAAAGACCGAAUCAAAAUCCGAAACCCCUGCCUCUGAAAGCAAAAGUGAGACUGAGAAGUCCAUUCCUGCUGCGAAGAAAGAUGGAGACAAUCCACCAGCACCUAAAGCACCUGAAGUUCCUCCUGAUAAUGAAUUUGAGAAAAGAAUAAGGCCAGAGGUUAUCCCUGCGAAUGAGAUAGGGGUGACAUUUGCAGAUAUUGGUGCUAUGGAUGAGAUCAAAGAAUCACUUCAAGAGCUGGUCAUGCUCCCUCUGCGAAGACCAGAUCUCUUCAAAGGUGGGCUUCUCAAGCCUUGUAGAGGUAUAUUACUCUUUGGGCCUCCUGGUACUGGGAAAACAAUGCUGGCAAAGGCCAUCGCGAAUGAAGCUGGAGCAAGUUUCAUUAAUGUCUCAAUGUCCACCAUCACAUCAAAAUGGUUUGGAGAAGAUGAAAAGAACGUAAAAGCUUUAUUUACACUAGCAGCAAAGGUUGCACCAACUAUUAUUUUUGUGGAUGAGGUUGAUAGCAUGCUGGGGCAGAGGACUAGAGUUGGGGAGCAUGAGGCUAUGCGGAAAAUUAAGAAUGAGUUCAUGACACAUUGGGAUGGUCUAUUGACCAAAACCGGUGAGCGAAUUCUUGUUCUUGCUGCAACCAACAGGCCAUUUGACCUUGAUGAAGCAAUAAUUAGGCGAUUUGAGCGCAGAAUUAUGGUUGGCCUUCCAUCCAUUGAGAGCAGGGAACUGAUUUUGAAAACUCUACUGGCAAAAGAGAAAGUUGAAGAUCUGGACUUUAAGGAGCUUGCAACCAUGACAGAAGGAUAUAGUGGAAGUGAUCUCAAGAACUUGUGCGUGACAGCAGCUUAUCGACCUGUUAGGGAGUUGAUACAGCAGGAGAGGUUGAAAGAUCUGGAAAAGAAGAAGAGAGAAGAGGCAGGCAAGAGCUCAGAAGAUGCCUCAGAAACAAAAGAAGAGGACAAGGAGGAACGAGUAAUAACUUUGAGGCCUUUAAACUUGGAAGAUUUGAGACAGGCAAAGAAUCAGGUUGCUGCUAGCUUUGCUUCUGAAGGAUCAAUAAUGGGCGAGCUGAAGCAAUGGAACGAUUUGUAUGGAGAAGGAGGUUCGAGGAAGAAGCAACAGUUAACUUACUUCCUUUAGAUUAUAGAAAGCAGGCAUCUCAUGUACUCAUCAACUGGGUUCUCUACGAAGAGAUGUGAAAAUUUGGUGAUGCCGAAAGCCCCUUCAACGAAAAUGCAAGUCGUUCCACUUCCAGGCAUACAUGGGGUAUGGCAUCCAAGAUGGAAAGCUCUGGCACGGCAUCCUUGUACAAAGAAAUGCCGACCAAUACCUCAGAGCUCUUGUAGGGUUUGUGUGAAAUAGCUUUUUAAAGUAUAUAUCUGGCAUUUGCACAUGAUGCUUAGAAAAGGGGUUAUUUGGCAAAUGUAUUCCACUCCAUGAACCAUUUGCCACCAAUCUUUGGGUAUUUUAGUUGUGUUCUGUGAAUGUGUGGUAUUUUGAAAUGCCGAAGGAUUUCCACUUUCAAAACAUGGGAGGAGUUUGUAUUGGAUUGCUUGAGAUUCUCUACUUUAGUUUAUAAGUACAUUCUCUACAGUGGCAUUUGUACAAUGGUCUCGUAUAAUCUUAAUGGUAUAUUUCUUGUA